AAAUUCCUUGAGGCCAAUACAAUACUGGUAUGUCACCUACCAAAACCCUCCUCAUUGGUCUCAUUCUAUGUCUCUGUCAAGCAAUUGUUUCGGCAAGGACAGUUACAAAAAUCCCUUCCCAAAAUCAAGCCCGUACGGUGUUUCAAUUUUCCAACGGAACCUGGGUUGAGAACAUAGCGGUUCGACGCAAUGGAGAUCUGCUUGUGACCUUAAUCGACCGGCCGGAGUUGUACCAGAUCGAUCCUCUCCACAGCAGGGUUAAACUAGUCGAGAAUUUCCAGCAAGCAAACGCUCUGAGUUUGUUAGGGAUAACAGAGAUGGCGCCUGACGUCUUCAUCGUCAUUGCCGGAAACUUCUCGGUUAGUCGAAGAAUGUCGGACCCAAAGUCAUACUCCAUAUGGAGGAUCGACUUCAAUCGAGGGGGGAAAUGCGAGAAAAUCUCAGAGAUCGAACGGAUUCCAGAAGCAAAUUUUUUGAAUGGCAUGACCACGUUGAAUCACCGGACUGAUAGCGUCUUGGUCUCGGAUUCAGCCAGGGGUGUGGUUUGGCGCGUGGAUAUAGCGACUACGGACUAUGAGAUUGUGCUGGAGGAUGAGACAAUGAAACCGCUCCAAGGGGUACCUCUCAUUCUGGGCAUCAAUGGAAUCCGAAUCCUAGGGAACUAUCUCUACUAUGUCAAUGCUCCUAGAGGGCUGUUCUGCAGAGUCGAGAUUGAUUUAUCCACAGGGAAGGCGAUUGGUCAGUACGAAAUCAUUGCUACCGAAGUUCCCGGGGACGAUUUUGUUAUCUCUGAAAAGGGUGUUGCAUAUGUUACGGAGAAUGGACAAAACUCGUUGGAAAGAGUUUACCUGGAUGGGAAGAAGGAGUUGGUUAUAGGAGGACUGAAUUCAACUGUAAUCCCUGGAGCCACUUCGGCUGCCUUUGGACGUACACGGAAAGACCGCAACAUCCUCUAUGUCACAACAGCAGGAGGUCAGGCUGCUCCAGUUAAUGGAACGUAUGUAGAAGGUGGUAAGGUGGUUGCUGUCGCGAUAUAG